CUGACUUUACUUUAUUGUGCUUCUUGAACGUACCCUUCGCUUGCAUAGCUGGGAAAAUGGCGGACAAAACGCCAGGUGGGGCGCAGAAGGCCAGCUCAAAGGCUUUGUUGGAAAGUAAGUUGAAGGCCUUUAGUAUUGGUAAAAUGGCUGUGGCUAAAAGAACGCUGAGCAAAAAAGAACAAGAUGAACUCAAGAAAAAGGAGGAUGAGAAAGCAGCUGCAGAGAUCUACGAGGAAUUCCUUGCUGCCUUUGAGGGAGGUGAAGGCAGAGUUAAGACCUUUGUCCGAGGUGGCAUUGCCAAUGCCACCAAAGAGGAAACCGCAGCCGAUGAGAAGAAAGGAAAGCUUUACAAACCAAAAUCAAAAAUUCUGGAGGCAAAAAGUUUUUUACCCCUGGAAACUCCUCCACAGUUUCUUGCAAUAGACAAACGCAACGCAACAAAGAAAGGGGAUAAAGAAAAGAAAAAAAGCAACCUUGAGCUUUUCAAAGAAGAGCUGAAACAGAUUCAGGAGGAGCGUGAUGAACGUCACAGGAUGAAGGGACGAGUCAGUAGAUUUGAACCUCUUUCCAAUAUGGAAGGAAGACGAUCUUCGGAUGGUUCUUCACGAAGAAACCGUCCGUCCAGUGUUUUGGAUGACUCCGCUCCAGGCUCACAUGAUGUUGGUGACCCAUCAACCACAAACCUUUACUUGGGAAAUAUAAAUCCUCAGAUGAACGAGGAGAUGCUUUGUCAGGAGUUUGGCCGUUAUGGUCCUCUGGCCAGCGUGAAGAUCAUGUGGCCCAGGACUGAUGAGGAGAGAGCCAGAGAGAGGAACUGUGGCUUUGUCGCCUUCAUGACAAGGAGAGAUGCAGAGCGAGCACUCAAACACUUAAAUGGGAAAGUAAUCAUGAACUUUGAAAUGAAACUGGGAUGGGGCAAAGGCGUGCCAAUUCCACCUCACCCCAUAUACAUUCCUCCUUCCAUGAUGGAGCACACACUCCCGCCUCCGCCCUCCGGCCUGCCCUUCAACGCUCAGCCCAAAGACAGGCUGAAGAACCCCAACGCUCCCAUGCCCCCUCCUCCAAAGAGCAAAGAGGAGUUUGAGAAGACUCUGUCGCAAGCCAUAGUCAAAGUGGUUAUCCCAACAGAAAGGAAUUUACUCUCUCUCAUCCACCGAAUGAUCGAGUUUGUGGUGCGUGAGGGACCCAUGUUUGAAGCCAUGAUCAUGAACAGAGAAAUCAACAAUCCCCUAUACAGGUUUUUAUUUGAAAAUCAAAGCCCAGCUCAUGUGUAUUACCGAUGGAAACUAUAUUCCAUACUGCAGGGAGAUUCUCCAACCAAAUGGAGAACUGAAGACUUCAGGUUAUUUAAGAAUGGAUCUCUAUGGCGACCCCCUCCACUGAACCCUUAUCUGCAUGGCACUCCCGACGAUGAGGAGGGUGACGAUGAUGACGAAGAGGAAACCAGCAAGAAAGGAUCGCUUAAAGACGACGAGAGAGACAAACUGGAGGAGAUGCUCCGUGGUCUUACGCCGAAGAGGAGUGACAUUGCCGAAGCCAUGCUCUUCUGCCUUACCCACGCUGACGCAGCCGAGGAGGUCGUGGACUGCGUCACUGAGUCACUGUCUAUCCUCAAAACCCCCCUCCCAAAAAAGAUUGCAAGGUUGUAUUUGGUGUCAGAUGUGUUGUAUAACUCCUCGGCAAAAGUGGCUAAUGCGUCCUACUAUAGAAAAUUCUUCGAAACGAAACUCUGCCAGAUAUUCUCAGACCUCAACGCCACCUUCAAGACGAUACAGGGUCAUUUACAGUCGGAGCAUUUUAAGCAAAGAGUGAUGUCUUGUUUCCGGGCAUGGGAGGAGUGGGCGGUAUAUCCCGAUCCUUUCCUCAUCAAGCUCCAAAACAUCUUCCUGGGUCUAGUCAGUCUGGACUCAGACAAGGAGGUGGAGGUGCCUGAGCAAGUUGAGCAGGUGGAAGACAUAGAUGGUGCCCCAAUUGUGGAAGAGGAGUUAGACGGUGCUCCUUUGGAAGAUGUUGAUGGCACUCCACUAGAUGGCGCUCCACUAGACGGUGCUCCAAUGGAUGACCUGGAUGGAGUCCCUAUAAAGGGAUCUGAAGAGGAGCUGGAUGGCAUUCCCUUGGAUGGGCCAAAACCAGGCUUUAAGAUGGCUCCGUCAAAAUGGGAGGAAGUGGAUGGAUCAGCUCUUGAAGCUCAAGCUGUAACGACAUCGAAAUGGGAAAUCUUUGAUGCACCAGAAGAUUCAGAAAAAAGUAACGAGAGGAAAACUCAUGAAACUGAUGUGAAAGAGACUCCUUUGAAGAGUUCUUAUUCAGCAGAACAGCAGUCUUACUCCCAGCCUAUCAAAGAAGAAUACCAUGACUUGAAAUUGGCCAAGCUCUCAGAGAUGAGUGAAGAGAAGCGUGCUAAACUCAGAGAAAUCGAGCUCAAAGUAAUGAAGUUUCAAGAUGAGCUUGAGUCUGGGAAACGGCCCAAAAGAUCUGGACAGAGUAUUCAAGAACAAGUGGAGCUCUACAGGGAUAAGUUAUUGCAGAGGGAAAAGGAAAAAGAGGUCGAGAAAGAUAAGGACAAGGAAAAGGAGAAAAAAGACAAAGACAAGUCUGACGUGACUCACAAAGAGAAGGAAAAAGAAGAUUCCUCAUCGAAUAGAAAAGAAAAGAAACGCAGACAUAGCCCCUCCCCCAGUCCCACCCGCAGUAGCAGCAGCCGCCGGGGCAGAUCACCAUCACCCCGCUCGGAACGCUCAGACAGGUCGUACAACAAGGACAGCUCGCGCUCCUCCUACAAAGACUCGCCACGAGACAGUAGUAGGAAAUCCUCAAAAAGGUCCCCCUCUCCACCUGUCACGCCCAAACGGUCACGCAGGUCUAGAUCAAGAACACCCAAGAAAUCAUCCAAAAAAUCAAGAUCCCGCUCCCGAUCGCCACAUCGUUCUCACAAGAAAUCCAAAAAGAGCAAGCACUGAAAAACAACUGCUGCAACAGCUUACAUCUCUUUUCUGUGCCUGAAUUUGGUCCUGUAAAUCCACAAGGGAAGCAUUUCCUGUUUUGCCACAGUCUCCCAAAGUCACUCAUAUUUGCACGCAUACAGUGUCCACCAGGGUCUUCGCUGGGGUCUUUUAUAUUGUUAAAUAAGGGGCUUCCUCUGACGUCUUAACUUCCCCAUCGCAAAAUAAGAGGUGACGUCUUAGAACUAUGGUAUUUUUGGUCAUGGUUUUUAGAUUCCUUGAAAUUGACCUAAAUUAAAAUAGUGUGUAUGUUUCAGUUGUAUAGCUGUUUGAUUUUCAAUAAAGACACAAUUUAUGUGAUUUUAUUCUGA